AUGGGGGUCGGUUUGAGUUGUCUUGGAGUCGGGGCCGCGUCUUGGAUAGCUUCUGCCCUUGCUUCAUGCUUUUCUGCGGCAGCUUGUACGUUAGCCUUUAAAUCAUGUAAUUGCAAUAACUCUAUAGCAACAAGAGUCGGGUUUGCGCUUGCAUGGAUCAUGAUGUCUGAUUGGGCAAUUAAGCAGCUGGAGAAAAUGCUUUAUGAUUACCUGCAACUGAACUGUGAAGAGGGAACUUGUUAUGGAGUACUCGCAGUACAUCGUAUUUGUUUUGCACUUUCAUUGUUCCAUCUCUUUUUGGGACUUUUGGUGGUUGGAGUUUAUGACACUCGUGAUAAACGGGCAUCCAUUCAAAAUGGAUGGUGGGGACCAAAAAUUUUAUUAUGGAUCACAUUCGUAAUCAUUUCCUUUUUUAUUCCUAAUGGAUUUUUCAUAUUUUGGGGCAAUUACAUUGCAUUAAUUGGAGCAACGUUAUUUAUCUUGGUUGGAUUAGUAUUAUUGGUAGAUUUUGCACAUACUUGGAGUGAAAGAUGUAUAGAAAAUUGGGAAAAUAAUGAUGAAAGGUGGAAAUAUAUCCUCAUCGGAUCUACAAUUUCAAUGUUUAUUGGAUCAAUUGUACUAACAGGGAUUAUGUACGGAUUCUUUGCUGGACAUGGAUGUGGUCUAAAUCAAUUCUUUAUUACGUUUAAUCUUAUAUUAUGUUUGAUUGUAAUUGGAUUAUGUAUUUCACCAGCAGUACAAGAAGCAAAUUCAAGAUCAGGAUUAUCACAGGCUUCGAUGGUUGUAAUUUAUUGUACUUAUGUUAUAUUGAGUGCAGUUGUAAAUGAGCCUGAUGACAAUUUGUGUAAUCCAUUAAAGAGGAGUAGGGGUACAAGAACAACUACAAUAGUUAUCGGUGCUUUAUUUACUUUCCUAGCUAUAGCCUAUUCAACAUCAAGAGCUGCUACACAAGGGGCAUUAAUUACAAAAUCUGAUUAUCAUCCAUUAAAUACGGCCUCAGCUGUACCUCUAAUGAUGAAUCAACCAGAUGCUGCUAUGUACGUUGCUAUGUUACUUACUAAUUGGAAUGAUGUUACUACUACUGGCUCUGAUAAAUUAAUUAUUAUUGGUCAAAGUUAUAUUGCUGUUUGGGUUAAAGUUAUUUCAAGCUGGAUUUGUUUACUUUUAUAUUCUUGGACUCUUGUUGGUCCCGUUCUUUUACCAGAUAGAUUUAUAGAUUAUUAA